AUGCAUCCAUGGGGUCUUUCACCAGAGCUGAACACUUUGGAUGAUAUCAAAGCGAUUGACCGGUUCUGCGAGCCUCCGACACACGGGCUGAUGUGCGAUAUUCUAUGGUCGGAUCCUGUCGAAGACUUUGAGCAAGAGAGAGCUUCAUUCAUAAUCACAUCCGGGGUUAUUCCUACUUCUUCACCUGCUUGUCAGUUCUUAGAGCGAAAUAAUCUUCUUUCGAUCAUUCGCGCACAUGAAGCGCAAGAUGCCGGAUAUCGCAUGUAUCGGAAGACAAAAACCACAGGUCUUCUUUCUGUCAUGACGAUCUUUUCUGCUCUCAACUACCUCGACAUGUAUAACAACAAAGCUGCUGUCCUGAAGUACGAGAGCAACGUGAUGAACAUUCGGCAGUCUAACCGCACGCCUCAUCCGUAUUGGUUACCUAACUUCAUAGAUGUAUUUACAUGGAGUUUGCCCUUUGUGGGAGAGAAAAUCACGGAUAUGCUUGUCGCUGUGCUAAAUACUUGCAGCAAAGAAGAGCUCAAAGAGUCUGACGAGGAAAAUGUUGUUUCACAAGUAACCCACCACGAAGAGGUGAGGCGAAAGAUCAUCAAAAAUAAGAUCCUUGCAGUUGGUCGGAUGGCGCACGAGUCGGAGAACGUUUCGGAGCUUAAGAGUAUAUCUUGUUCUAGCAAGUUCCCAUACGGCACGCUGGCUUUCGGUACAGAGGGCAUUAAAGAUGCCAUUUCCAGCUUCGAGGACGCGCGGAAGUCAGACAUUGAAAAUGAACGGCUCCCCCAGAACUUUUCGAUGUCGAAGAGGCAAAGGCUUUUCUGGCUCAAGCACAAUCUUGAUCGCUACCAACGACCCAGCAGACAUUGUCGAGUCCCCUGCGUCUCCGGGUGGAGUCUGCGUUGGAGUGCACACUUCCAUAUCUUCUGGAUCGCUAACAUCCUUACGCAGUCUCCCGAGCGGUGGACAUAUGGGUUCUCCAUGCACCUCGUUCGACACGCCAUUCAAGGGCAGACAUGA